AUGAAAUACAUAAGCCCCUUCUCCAUGGCCGCCGACACUGCCGCUGCCGCUGCAGCCACCGCCGCGUUGCAUCCGAAACGCAGCAGCAGUGCAUCAGCAUCAGAAAAAGCAUCAGCAUAUCCAGUAUCCAGCAGCAGCUAUGAUCAUCAUGCUUCAGUGUGCAGCAGCACAAAUCGAUGCUACAAGUGCGGACUCAAACAUCAUACCUUAUUACAUAUUGAGUCUCAAAAUAAUUAUCAACCAACUAAAUCAUUAAACACAUACCAAGCAAAUGCAUCUCAGUCGAAACAAAAUGUACAAUCCUCAAAUAAUGAACCUCAACCACACUGCUCUAAUACAGAGCCAAUAAACUAUAAAACGCAUUUAAAUCAAAUGCAAUCACAAUCCUUAUUGGCUACUGCCCUUGUUAAAGUUUUCAAACCAAAUGGAGCUCAACUUAUUUUAAGGGCUCUUAUAGACCCAGGAUCUCAAGCUACAUUCAUAACCGAAGAUGCAGCUCAGAUCUUAAAACUUAAAAAACAUAAAACACAUGCGAUUGUUAAAGGACUAGGAAAUACUGAAACUGGUACAUCAAAAUAUGAAGUCAAUUUUAAGUUAUUCUCAGUACAUGAUUCUGAUUUCUCUGUAGAUGUUAGGGCUCUAGUAUUCAAUAACUUAACCACUACAUUGCCCACUCAGAAAUUUGAUGCAUCUAACUUCAAUCAUGUAUCAAACCUGUUACUUGCUGAUCCAACUUACAAUACACCCCGAAAGGUUGAUCUUUUAAUAGGUGCCGAUGUGUAUUCGACAAUAAUUUUGGAUGGCGUAGUCAAGGGAAGUACAGGAACACCUGUAGCCCAGUUGACCGAAUUAGGGUGGAUCUUAACUGGAAACAUUCACACACAAAAAAUUCCAAUAACUAUCCAAAGUCAUCAUACACAAUUGGAUGUCCAACUUGCUAAGUUUUGGGAAAUUGAAGAAAAUCUUGAUGAGAGAAAAUGGACUGAAGAUGAGAUUAUGUGCGAAAAACAUUUUAAGGAUACAUGCAAGAGAAGAUUAGAUGGUAGAUAUGAGGUACACCUUCCAUUCAAAAACAACAAAAGGCCAGUCUUAGGUAAUUCCAAACGAGCUGCAUUAGCAAGAUUUCUACAAAUUGAAAAACGAAUGAAAGCAGAUAGUAACUUUAAAAAACUUUAUGUAGAUUGCAUGAAUGAGUACCUUACCUUAGGUCACAUGAAAGAAGUGAAAGUUGAGGAUGAACUAGGUCCAAACUAUUUUUAUUAUCUUCCACAUCAUGCGGUUCUGAAAGAAUCAAGUACUACAACCAAACUACGGGUAGUAUUUGAUGGUUCUUGCAAAUCAUCAAAUGGACUUUCAUUAAAUGAAUGUCUUAUGGUAGGCCCACGCCUCCAACUCGAUAUAAUUGAUCUGGUGGCAAGAUGGAGGAAAUUUAAAAUUGCUCUUGUUGCAGAUAUAAGCAAAAUGUAUCGUCAAAUUUGGGUGGCUCAAGAAGACACACCAUAUCAAAUGAUCUUAUGGAGAUCAUCCCCAAAUGAAUCCAUAAAAUGUUAUUGUUUAAAUACAGUUACCUUUGGAACUGCUUCUGCUCCCUUCUUAGCUGUACGAACAUUACAAAGGUUAGCUGAAGAUAUUGAAUAUAAUUAUCCUCAUGUAGCAAAGGCAAUCAUGGAUGGUUUUUUUGUCGAUGAUCUUAUAUAUGGAUCAGAUAAUGAAGUUGAAGCCAUUAGAUUGCAAAAGGAUAUCGUUUCAAAUUUACAAGCAGCAGGGUUUCCUCUCAGAAAAUGGGCAAGCAACUCACAAAGAGUUAUGGAGGGAAUUCCUGAAAAUUAUAGAGAGAUUAAUCUUCCUCUUGAUUUAAAAUCAACAGAUGCCAUAAAAACAUUGGGGAUUCAAUGGCAUCCUAGUAUGGACUACUUUAGCUUUAAAAUAAACUUACCUGAAACUUCAAAAUUAUCAAAGCGAUCAGUUUUAGCCGAUAUCGCUCGCCUGUUCGAUCCAUUGGGAUUGAUUUCUCCUUGCAUUGUCAAGGCAAAACUUAUACUCCAACAACUUUGGACUAGAAAUUUGGCUUGGGAUACACCUUUACCACAAGAUAUAGAAAAGUCUUGGACAGAUCUUCGCAGUACCCUGCCAAAAAUUUCACAAAUACAAAUACCACGUUGGAUUGAUUAUGAAAUCUCGUCCGAGGUGGAGCUGCAUGGCUUUAGCGAUGCUUCAGAAAAAGCUUAUGCAGCAGUCAUCUAUAUACGUGUCAUACAAAAUAACAUUGAAAAAAUACACUUAAUAGCAUCUAAAACAAGAGUUGCUCCAGUAAAAUGCAUUUCUUUACCACGCCUUGAACUUUGUGCAGCAUUACUCCUGUCUAAACUAAUAUUCAGAAUUAUUAAAGCCAUGCAAUUUGAAAACAUUAAAACAUAUGCAUGGACCGACUCUAUGAUUACUUUAGCAUGGAUAAAAGGAAGCCCAACCACGCGCACCACCUUCGUUGCUAAUCGAAUAAGCGAAAUUCAAAGUUUAACUAACAUCGAAUCCUGGUAUCAUGUAAACACAAAACAGAAUCCUGCAGAUUUUGGUUCGCGAGGAUUAACAACUGAAGAGCUCAUUAACAAUGAAACUUUAAUCCGCAAGAUUAUUCAUCAAAAACUACUUUUGAAACACAACAAGAAACUAAAAAGGAAAGCAAAAUCAAUACAAAAACAUUAUACAAUAAGAAUUUUGCAACACUAUUAA